GAAAACAGGUGGGUUACAAGUGUCAGUGAAACCCAACGUGUUCUUCCAAAUUUUUAUUUUUCAAGUUGCUUUAGUCCGCAAUCAAUUACCGGCCAAAAGGCCAGACGAUGCAACCUCACAAAAUGACAUCAAAUAAGUUACGUGUGAUAAAUGGCUAAGUGGAUGAUGGAGUAGACAUACAUUUCCCCGGGGCAUUACGACAAUCAUCAGAGAUGAGCUGUAGAGAACAGCAAGAGGAGGAGAUUGAGGUGCUGUCAUCUAUCUAUGAAGGAGAUGACAACUAUAAACAGUUGAACCCAACAACUUUCCAGUACAAGUAUGGCGAGGAUGGUACAUACAAAUCCUUCUUGUUGGAGGUUUCCUGGGGAGAAAACUACCCAGAUGAGUCCCCAGACAUCAACUUGGAUCUGUUUUACAACAAGCAUUUGAUUGACUCUGUGCGAGAGACUAUUAUGACUGGAGUGAAAGAGCAGGUGGCUGACUUAUUGGGCUGUGCAAUGACUUACACGCUGUUUGAGUGGGUAAAGGAGAGCUGGGAAAAAUUGCUGACAGAUCAGCCUGAAACUCCACAGAUUGAAGCUAGACCCGUGGCCCAGGAUGAUAAAGAAGAAGAAGUUGCAAAGAAAAAGGAGAAAAGAGAACAUUUAUCAAAAGCCCAAAAACGGAAAAUAGUGAACCGCUUGGACGCUAAGGGGGAGUUACCGAGAGGUUAUGAUUGGGUGGAUAUUGUAAAGCAUUUAAGCCAGUCUGGGGGUUGCAACACAAAGCCAAGAGGAGAUGACUCCUGAUAUACAUGAAUACAAUAUUCUUUGCAAAGUUACAUGUAUAUAAGGCAGAAAAGUGAACCCCAAACUACAAAUAUUAAAAAUACCAAGGUACAGUUAUGAAUUGGAGAUGCAUGGUCCUGGUGCUGUUGUGUGGUGCUGUGUUGAAUGACCUAAUGGGCAUUUUGAUAACAUUUCGUAAAAGCAUUUUUCACGAAUGACUUUAAAAGAGUUUAUACCAGCCUAUUCUGGAACACAGAACAAUUUUUUCAUAAAUCAAAAGCAAGUUUUUCAAACCUUGCAUCCAAAACACAGCUGUACUGUGUUUGGUUUCCACUGUGAGUUUGUUUGGAUAUUUUUGAAAUUUUCCCAGAAUUCCCUUUUGUAUAUCAGUAUAAAUCCAUAUUCUUGACUUAAAUUCCCACUUGAUCUAAAUUUGAUUCCCAAGGUGUUUGAUGCAAACCUGCCUCAUGUAAACUUUAUUGAUGAUGGUUUUAGAACAAGUCUAGCCUGAUUUCUCAUAUCUUGAUUUUCUCAUAUCUUGUCACCCUUAGUAGUAAACCUUUGUCCUAUUUGAAAAAGGUAGUUUGUCUACAAACAGUUUGUAUUUUUGACAUCUGUUAACAUGGGCUAUUUACUCAACAAAAAGGCAGAUUUCAAGAUGGCAUUGACAUAUUGCAGGAUGUUACAGUUAUUGUGAAUUUGUGCUUGUUUUUGUGCAGCCAGUAAAAGAGAAUGACGUUAUUAGGUUAAAGUGGCGUAUAAAGUUGCUCUACUAUGGGCCAAAAGCUACGUUAAUGUUUUUUUAUGUAGAUCAGAAAAAUGGAUUAUUUUGAGGGACAGGAUUUAUUCGGCCAGUCUUACUAUUUGAUAAAAUAUUUUUUAAAAAUAUGAAAAGCAUAAAAAUCCAUCAAAUUAAUGAAUAUUAAUAUUUGAUAAUAAAGGUGUGUCAAGUUGAUGCAGAAGUUACCUGCUUUUGAACAUGUGUAUGUUGCAAAGUUGAUAAGAUGGAGUGUUACAGAUGUUAAUUAACCUGAUAUAUGAAGUGUAUAAGACGUUAAAUUUUGUCCCAAAAAUGUGCAUUUCUGAGGGCCAAGAAAAGGUAAUAAUUCAUUACUUCGGUACUCAAACUUGUAUUUUUCCAAUACAGUGCCAUCUUAUGCCUCAAACAAACCUCAAAACACCUUUCUGAUAUCAACAGAACUCUCAGCUUGGUCCUGGAAGAAAUUUUAGGUCAAAUACAGUGAACCUACAAGGCCUUUGUGGCCAUGUAUUAUGCAUAUGGACCGAUUUAGUAUCAUUAUCACCUUCUGUUCUACAAGGGGUUGGCUUCAUUUAACAUUUGACCUGUGCUAGUAUAUAAUAAACCAUAUUUUGUUGGUGUAUAGGAUGACUGAAUGCAUGAUGUGUAUGUGAUGUCUGAUUAAAGUAUGGAUAUUUUUGAACUGAGAUAAAAUGUAAUUUGUAUCAAGGGUUUAUUUGUGAAGAAUUCAUGUACUGUUGUAUGAGUAUAAUGUUAACAUUUUUAACCAGCCCUUUAAACAAGCAUGGGAAGCUUUUGUCCAUGGACAGACUUUAGAAUUUUUCAUGAAAAAUUUAGGAUCUUGAAAACUAUCCAUUUUUUUUUUUUUUUUAUCUUGGAAAGUGCCAUAAGUGCAUUUAAUCAGGUACUGGUACAGUCCUGUAUAAAUUUUAGAAUUUUGGAAUGGAAUUUCAGAUGAGAUUUACUGCAUAUUUCCAAUGCCUGUUUCCUUACUCA